UUAUUGCACCCUUAAGAAUACUUUUGUAAGGAAGUGUAUGGAUAACAUAGUCAUUUGUUCCUGCGUUACAGCACUACAGAAUACAAGACAGGACUCGCUAUCUUUAGGUUUAAAAUGGAAGUUGUUGUGAAGCGAGAACAGGAGGAGCGACCAUGCACUGAAAUUAGUCCUGAAAAGGACGAAGACAAAAACAUUUUUGCAAACGCUAUUCUUGGAGAUGAUGAAGCGAAAUGGCGCAGACGUUCAACUCUGGUGAAUGAAAUAUUCUCAAAAGUGACGAGCUGUAAAUUAGAAGUAAACAAGAGAUGCAAGAAAAUAGGAUUAGAUAUGGAUGUGGGGUCAGGACUGAAGCAGAAACUGGAUUUGCAAUUAUUUACGAACGGUGUAUUGAAAGAAAUUGUAGAUUUUGCCAAAGAACUGUCGACUUAUUCUCAAAAACACUACAUUGCUGAAAUUCUGGAGUACAAUUUUGAUAUUGGCUUUGAAAACAUUAAACAAAGAAGUGAAUUUGCAUAUCAAACUUGGCAGAGAGUGGUUGAACUGCAGAAAUGUCACGCACGGAAGCCUUUUGAAUUAUCUAUUCUUAAUCAACCUUGGAUGCUUGGCCUAAAAACAUAUUACAUGGUUCCAAAGACUUCCAGUCAGAAAGACCCUCUUAGAGAUUCUGGAAUCAUCACCUCAGAGCAUCUGGGGUAUGCUGAAAUCUGUGUUGAAAGUGAGUCUGACAUGAUGGCCAACCAGGACAUCAAGGUGGAGACAUUCUACAUUGUGUCAGAAGAGUCCAGGGCAGACCUCUACCCCCUGUGUCAGGAAAUUGGUCUUGACCUUGAUGUGACAUUUAAGGGUUGGUCUCAAGAGAAACUUGACAUGGAGGUUUUGACCAAAGGGGUUAUGAUUGAGGUGGCCAAGUAUACCAAAAAACUGUGUGGGACAUACAAGCAGAUAGUCCUUGACAUCUUGGAACACAAUUUUGAUCUUGAUUUGCAAACUGUGGACUCUGAGCUCUUUAGAAAAAUGAUCUACCAACACUAUGCAAGACAUUUGAAUAAAAAGAGAGGUGGUCAGGCAUGGUAUGAAAAAGCCAUCUCAUUGCAAAAAAUUAGGAAGAGGGAUCAUAAAUUGGCACCAGCUGUUUCUAGAAGGCAGUCGGACCGAAAGAAUAAGAGACAACUGUCUGCUGCCGAUUGUGAUGAAAAGAAAAGGAAGAAAGGAACUCGAUGGGAAAAAACGUCUGACAGGAAUUUCAAGAAGUGGACCUGUAAGUUCAGCAGCUUUGAAAGGACUGACCAAUUUAACUAUGAAACUGCAGAUUGGGACCAAAUUGAUGACCUAGGCUACAUGUGCUCACUGGAGAACCCUGGUCUUGAACCUUCACUAACAGUCCUGUGUGCUGCUGAUGGUGGACACGUAUCCACUCCUGCCCCUCCCCUGACACCAUCUUAUGACACUCACACUGCCUUGUGUGCUGAAAAAGUGAAGCUGCAAGACAUAUAUAUGAGGCCAAGGCUUGAUUACUAUCCCUUUUGUGAACAAUCAGGCAUAGACCUUGAUGUAUAUUCAAAAUUGGAAUCCAAAGAAAAACAUGAUUUGCAGUUUCUGACGAAUGGUGUGAUGUUCGAGAUCCGUAAAUAUGUUAGAAGAAACAGAAAAAAGAAAGCCUUUUCAUACUUUCUAUAUGACAUUUUGGAGUACAACUUUGAUAUGAGUUUCCCCAUUCAGACGUGUCAUUCCUUUACGCAAAGAUUAGUGCGGGAUAUUAAACAACUGGCUAAAACAUAUUAUCGUGAUGUGGCCAUCAACCCAAAUCAUGCCAUUGACGUGUUUGCACUAUACUCUAAAAUUCCAACAGUAAGAAAGAAAAAGGAGACGGUUACUCAACCUGCAAGAACGUCUGAGAGAAUUUUCCAGAAGACCUGUAAAUUGAGCACCUUCUAAAGGACCAACCCAUAUACAGAAGGAACUGCAGAUGUUGGCCAAAUGGAUGACCUAGGCUACAUGUGCUCACUGGAGAACCCUGGUCUUGAACCUUCACUAACAGUCCUGCGUGCUGCUGGUGGUGGACACGUAUCCUCUCCUGCCCCUCCCCUGACACCAUCUUAUGACACUCACACUGCCUUGUGUGCUGAAGAAGUGAAGCUGGAAGACAAUAGAAAUAUGAGGGAAUGGCGUGAUUACUAUCCCUUUUGUGAACAAUCAGGCAUAGACCUUGAUGUACAUUCAAAAUUGGAAUCCAAAGAAAAACAUGAUUUGCAGGUUCUGACGAAUGGUGUGAUGUUCGAGAUCCGUAAAUAUGUUAGAAGAAACAGAAAAAAGAAGGCCUAUUCACGCUUUCUAUACAACAUUUUAGAUUACAACUUUGAUAUGAGUUUCCACAAUCAGAAGUGGCACAUUUUUCUCCCGAGAUUACUGUGGCUUGUUAAACGACUGGCAGAAAAAUAUCACCGUAACAAUGCCAUCAACCCAAAUCAUGCCACUGAUGUGUUUGUGCUACACUAUAGAAUGCCAACAGAAAAAAAGAACAGAGAGACGGUUCCUCAACCUGCAAGAACAUCUGAGAGAAUGUUCAAGAAGAAGACUCUAAAUUGAGCAACUUUGAAAGAAACAAUCCAUGUACAGAUGGAACUGCAGAUUUUGGCCAAAUGGAUGACCUAGGCUACAUGUCCUCACUGGAGAACCCUGGCCUUGAACCUUUGCUUACAGAUCAAGCAAGCGUGUCAUGAUUUUUUUGUUGGUCAAAUUAGUCACUUUAAAAAUGUGCAGAGC